ACCAGCACCACACCGCCUGAGAUUGCAGUUUAGCGCUCUUCCGCAUGAAGUCGCGAUGGCAUCUGGGGCCAAAAGGAAACGCCAACAGUACCAUCAGGCUGACAUGGAGGCUGCUCUGGAGGCAGCAAACAAUGGCGCCUCUGUCUACAGCCUGGCCAAAAAGUUUGGAAUUCCGCGAACAACCCUGAUUGGUCGCAUAAAAGGUCACCAUGGAGAGGUGCAAGGAAGACCGUCAGUCUUGACACCCGAGGACGAGGAGGCCCUUGUCGGCUACGCCAAGUACAUGUCCGACAGGGGCUUCCCUCUCACCGUAAGGGUCACAAAGGCCCUUGCGCAACAAAUUGAGAUUAAAAGAGCUAAGGGCCGCGGAGAGUCACCGAGGUUUAAGGAGGCUGGGCCGGGCAAGAAGUGGUGGCGAGGCUUCAAGCGUCGCCAUCCCGACAUCAGCCUCCGGUCCCCUGACCAGCUAGACAAGGAGAGAGCACUCAUGGCCACCCCAGGAGUGAUCUUCGAAUAUUUCUUGAUGCUUGAAGACAAACUAACAGAGGCGAAUGCCAAAAACAAAAACCCACAUGUAAUCUAUAACGCUGACGAAACAGGCGUGGAUCUUUCCGCGAAAAUAUCUAAGGUUAUAGUACCCCGCGGAGAGAAGAGGUCUCCUUCACGGAGAGUUGGAAGCCGAGACCACGUGUCGGCACUGGUGUGUGUGUCAGCGGCAGGGCAGACGGUGCCACCAAUGAUAGUCUUUAGCAAAGGCUUUCCGGGAGGCGCCUACACAGAGGGUGGACCCGCAAAUGCCAUCUAUGGGUUCUCCGAUUCGGGUUUUAUCGACGAGUUUCUCUUCGAAAGGUGGUUUACGAAAGUAUUCCUAUCUCACUGCCACAAAGAGCGCCCAAUUGUUUUGAUCCCGCUCCUGAGUCCGCUGAUACAACGUCUUGUACCACCAGAGUUACAAGACAUUCUCCUCCCCGUCACAACACCCAAGUCGUCUGGCCGCAAAUCAAGGAAAAGGCUCACGGGAAGGGUUCUGACUCAUGACGAAAUUAUAACUGAAAUCAGACAAAAGGAAACAGAGAAGAAAGAAAAAGAGGAACGCAAAGAGAAACGAAAGACUGAGCUCAACAAAAAGCGAGAAGAGAAAAAACAGAAAGAGUUAGAAAAAACGCGAAAGAAGGAAGAGAGACAAGCUGAAGCUAAAAGGAAACUGGAAGAGAAGGAAGCCAGAAAGAGAAAGAGAGAAGAGGGCAAGCUACAGGCACAAAAGAAGAAGAGGCGGGAGAAUGGAGAGGAGAAGGAGAAUCAACGGCAGCCUGUCGAUGAUCCUGGCUCAUCCAGUAAAACAGUGACACAGUCCAGACAGCGGAAGCCUCCGACAUGGCUGUCACUAUACUAUGAAACAGGCGAUGACGAUGUGGAAGUCCAGGAAGAUCUCGAGAGCUAG